CUACCUGUAAUCUCUAAAAAAGCAACAAUUAACAACCCCUUUUCAACCCUUGUUCUUGUCUUUGCUCUUGUUAUUUUUUCUUGUGUGUAUUCUCUAUUCCCUAUUAUUGAGCUUUAGCUAGAAACACUGGUGGUAGAAACGCCGACUGCAGGCACGCAUCUUUUACUCUCUGUCACAUACACAGACGCUUUACGUCUUUAUGCUCGUCAUCAAUAAUGAGCAAAUCGACGGAUAUUUUUACCACGCCAAAAGUUACACAGCACACCUUUGAAAAGCACCACCUCAGCACAUCCACACACCGCGACAUUCAGAUGCAAGAGCAGCACCCGGACAGCAGCAACUCCACAAUGGCACCAUUGUCAGGCAACGCAGACUCCGGAGUGAGCGACUCCCAGGCACCCGUGCAAGCGUACGCUAAGCUGGAGGGCCCCGAUUUCUGCUACUAUGUGCGCACAUUGGAGGUCUCGUUAGGACGCCAUUCGUCAAGCGACGAUCCAGACCCAGUCGACAUUGACCUGGGUGAUAUCAAAGCAGUGUCGCGCAGGCAUGCCAAAAUACACUACAACUUUAUGAGCCAGAGUUUGAGCUGCAGAUAUUUGGCAAGAACGGGUGCUUGGUGGAUGACGAGUAUUUUGCAAAGGGCCAGAGCGUCACACUCCGACACAAAAUGAUUAUACAAAUUGGGGACACGGAGUUUUCGUUCUUGCUGCCCAAGGCAGCAAUGACGGCAGCAGGGCCAGCGAACCCAGUGAUACCAAACGGCGCUGGGUACUCGGCAAACACACCCGGCUUGGCUCCAGCAGGCCCGCCCGCAGAACCGCUUGGCAUGCAUCCCGGCCCGCAUGCUCCGAUGGCGCCCCUGCAUACGAAUGAUGCCUCGCCUCAGCACCAGCACCCGCCUCAGCAUGGUGGGUACCCAGUAAUGCGAUUACACCUCAGCGGCUCAAU